CCAGAGGAGGAGCCGCAGCCGGGAAGGAGGCGGUGGCCCAAGCCCAUGGCGUACAGUCAAGGAGGCGGCAAGAAGAAAGUGUGCUACUGCUAUGACGGUGAUAUUGGAAAUUAUUAUUAUGGCCAGGGUCAUCCCAUGAAACCUCAUAGAAUCCGGAUGACUCAUAACUUGCUGCUAAAUUAUGGUUUAUACCGAAAGAUGGAAUUAUAUAGGCCCCAUAAAGCCACUGCUGAAGAAAUGACAAAAUAUCACAGUGAUGAGUAUAUCAAAUUUCUACGAUCAAUAAGACCAGACAACAUGUCUGAGUAUAUUAACGUUGGAGAAGACUGUCCAGUAUUUGAUGGACUCUUUGAAUUUUGCCAGCUUUCCACCGGUGGUUCAGUUGUUGGGGCUGUGAAGUUAAACCGACAACAAACUGAUAUGGCUAUCAAUUGGGCUGGAGGAUUACAUCAUGCUAAAAAGUCAGAAGCAUCGGGAUUCUGCUAUGUUAAUGAUAUUGUGCUUGCCAUACUUGAAUUACUAAAGUAUCAUCAGAGAGUCUUGUAUAUUGACAUAGACAUCCAUGAUGGUGACGGUGUUGAGGAAGCUUUUUAUACAACAGAUCGUGUGAUGACGGUUUCAUUCCAUAAGUAUGGGAAAUACUUUCCCGGAACAGGAGACCUGAGGGAUAUUGGUGCUGGAAAAGGAAAAUACUAUGCUGUCAAUUUUCCCAUGAGAGAUGGUAUAGAUGACGAUUCAUAUGGACAGAUUUUUAAGCCUAUAAUCUCUAAAGUGAUGGAGAUGUACCAGCCCAGUGCUGUGGUGCUGCAGUGUGGUGCAGACUCGCUGUCUGGUGAUAGGCUUGGCUGCUUCAAUCUCACUGUCAAAGCUCAAACAGGGGCAGGGAGGCUUUUAUUUGAGAAAGCCUUGGGCUUUGGCUGGGGUGCAGCAGAGCAAGGUUGGCCGCACAACCAGCUGGUCACAGAGAAUAUUAAAAAGGAAAGGCAGAAAGACAUGUUCCAUCCUCCAGAGACCAGUGGGAACCUGGACAGUGAGUGUCUGAUCAGUGGGUACCUCAACAGUGGGCAUCUGGACAGUGAAUACCUGGACAGUGGGGGCACGAACAGUGGGGGCAUGGACAGUGAGUACAUGGACAGUGGGCACCUGGACAGUGAGUGUCUGAUCAUUGGGUACCUCAACAGUGGGCAUCUGGACAACAGUGGUUGCCUGGACAGUGGGCUCCUGGACAAUGGGUGCUUUCUCAAUGGGCACCUGGAUACUGGGGGCCUGGACGGUGGGCGCCUGGAGAGUGAGGACCUUGAAAUGUUUGCCCAGGCCUGUGGCCCCCUCGAUGCUGAUGCUCAAGAACGGGAUUGCAUCUAUGAAUUCCUUUUAAGGAGGGAGUGA